AUGUUUAUCUUCUUUUUAUUACCAUUCACUUUUGGCUACAUUAGAAAUUUAACUUGGAAUGAUAUAAAUUUCAUUCAUACUACAGAUACUCAUGGUUGGUAUUCUGGUCAUUUAAAUCAAAAACAAUAUAAUGCAAAUUGGGGUGAUUUUAUUUCAUUUACUCAUCAUUUAAAAAAUAAAGCCCAUUUUCAAAAUCAAGAUUUUUUAUUAAUUGAUAGUGGUGAUAGGCAUGAUGGUAAUGGAUUAUCAGAUAUAACUCAACCAAACGGAUUAUAUUCAACUCCAAUUUUUAUAAAACAAGAUUAUGAUUUAUUAACAAUUGGAAACCAUGAAUUAUAUUUAUUUGAAAAUUCAAAACAAGAAUUUGAAACAGUUGCUACUCAUUUUAAAGAUAAAUAUAUUACUUCAAAUGUUGAAUUUUGGGAUGGUGAUGAAUACGUUCCAUUUGGACAAAAAUAUAAAUAUUUUAGGUUACCUAAAACUGGUAAAAAUGUUUUGGCAUUUGGUUUUUUAUUUGAUUUUAAAAGGUUUGAUAAUGGUACUAGGGUUAUACCAAUGUUGAAAGUAGCCGAAGAACAAUGGUUUAAAGAUGUAUUGGUGAAAUAUCAAGAUAAAGUGGAUUUAAUUAUUGUUGUAGGACAUACACCUAUUUCGCACGAAUGGCCCGAGUUUUAUCAAUUACAUCAUGUAUUGAGAAAGUACUAUCCAAAUACAAUUGUUCAAUAUUUUGGAGGUCAUUCACAUAUUAGAGAUUUUACGAUAUUUGAUGAUAGAUCAACUGGUUUACAAAGUGGUAGAUAUUGUGAAACUGCUGGAUGGAUAAGUAUAAAUACAACUGGUGAAACAGUAUAUGACAGAUUUGCAAGAAGUUAUAUAGAUUUCAAUUUAGAUUCAUUCAAACAUCAUACCACUAAGGAUUUUGAUACUGAAAAGGGUCUAGCGGUGUCAAUAUUGAUUAAAGAUACAAGAAAGUAUUUAAAUUUGAAUAAACCAAUAGGGUAUGUUAAAAGUAAUUAUUAUGUUGAUUAUGUUCCAAUAGAUAGUCCUAAAAACAUUUUUAAUCUAUUAUCCAACAAGGUUCUAAAAACUUUACCUGGUGAUGAUGAAGAAAGGAUAAUUAUUAUAAAUACCGGUUCUAUCAGAUAUGAUUUAUACAAAGGUCCGUAUACAAUUGAUUCCCAAUAUAUUGUAUCACCAUUUGAAAAUGAAUGGGUAAAUAUAACAAUUCCAAAAUCAGUUGCAGUUAAAGUAGCUCAAAAAUUGAAUGAAGCUAAAUAUAUAAUGUUAUCACCCCCACAACAAUGGCUCAAGAAACCCAGUUUUGAAAAGAGACAAGUUGUAUUAUCUAAAGGAUUAUCAAAGGGGUAUGUUACACAUGAUGAUUUUGGAAGUGAUGGUGAUGAUACUCCACAUAAAGCAGUUAUUAAUUUCCCAAUCCCAAAUGUGAUUGAAAGUAUAGAAUUAGAAAAUGAACUGGAUGUUCCUGUUAAUUUAGUAUUUUAUGAUUUUAUAACUCCAAAUAUUUUAUGGGCACUAAAAGAGUUAGAUUAUCAAAUUGAAUCAUCGCCAUCAUCUUAUUCUCACAUAUAUUUAGGUGAAUUAUUAAAUAACUACAUAUCAAAACUUCAAUAG